CAGCGAAAGAAGUCGAAAAGCUGCUUUUCUAUAUCGACGGCGUUGCCUUCAGAGUGUUGUAAAAUAGUUCUCUUCAUGUUAAAAGUCCUAUAGAAACUCGCUGUGCAAAAUGGGGGAGCAACCAAUUUUCACUUGCAACGCUCAUGUGUUCCACAUAGAUCCCAAGACCAAGCGGACCUGGAUAACUGCAAGCUCGAAGGCGAUUGCCGUUAGUUUCUUCUAUGAUUCCUCCCGUAACCUGUAUCGUAUCAUCAGUGUGGAAGGAAGCAAGGCUGUUAUUAAUUCGACAAUUACCCCGAAUAUGACAUUCACCCAAACUUCUCAAAAGUUUGGCCAAUGGAGCGAUGUGCGUGCCAAUACAGUGUACGGGCUUGGUUUUGCAUCGGAAGCUGAGCUUGGUAAGUUUAUAGUUAAAUUUCAAGAGGUUAAAGAAGCCACCAAAGAUGCCCUUAACAAGGCGUCUGCCAACGGUAACUCGGCUGCUGCUUCGGCUAACGCAUCGCCGAUAACGGCACGUGCGUCGGUCAACAGUGGGGAUAUUUUUGAAACUGGAAAUUUGGAACCACCGCUUGCACCGGCAAACAACACCACGACGAGUUGCAAAACCGACAGUCCAUCGCACAACAUCAGUGAAACAAAUGCCAACAACCUAAAUAACGAACUAAAGCAGCUGUCAAUUAAUAACUCGUCGUCUAGCGAUGGUACGGUCACUUCGUCAUCGGAGCAACAACUGAAAUACGAAAAUGAAAGAUUAAAGCUGGCCCUGGCACAAAGUUCUGCUAACGCUAAAAAAUGGGAAAUAGAGUUAGCCACUUUGAAGAGCAACAAUCUACGACUCACCAGUGCUUUGCAGGAGUCAACGGCAAAUGUCGACGAAUGGAAACGCCAGCUACACUCGUACAAGGAGGAAAAUCAACGAUUAAAACUACGUUAUCAGGAUCUAGAGGCUGGUAAGGGUGCUCCCCCGGGCAAUGCCGCUGCGGCUGCUGGUGCCAGCAGCGAGAUCACGGAGGAACUGCGGCGCGAGAUCGUUUCGCUGAAAACGCGCAUCGAGGGACUCGAAGCCGAACUGAUGAACCAAGAGGUGGAGUUGAAGGCCGCAAAUAAAUCGCUGAAGGAUAAGCAAAACGAUCCAAUGCUGAAGCAGAUGAAUACAUUGUGUAAUCAGUUCAAUGCUCAGAUAGCUGAACUUAGUGGCAUUCACAAAGAAAUGGAGAAGCUUAUUCACGCACAGCAUAAAUCUACUUGAGAUACGAAAGUGCCAACAGCAACAACCACCACCACCGCCAGCGCCACCGCCACCGGGGGAAAAGCCAGUACGGUCGAGGAUAAACCAACAUCCUAUGCCAUGCCCACAAAGACCAUGCUCGACAGUGGUGGUAUUACACGGCUGAUUACAUCGCCAGUUUCAGAAAUAGCAGCUACCAGCAGUAUUUUCAACUACCCUACCCAACAACAUAAGAUACCACCAGCCAAACAGGAAGGAAUCGAUGUGUCAACUAAACAAUCGGCACCAGCCAACAAGCAAAUGGCUAACGAAAGAGCAAAGGCGGCACCCGUUGGAGUUCGGUCAGGUUCGACCAUCGUUUUAAUUAGCACUAAAAUAAGUAACCCUGCCGUCGCUACACAACAAGGGGCGCUGAUUAAGACAACCGGAACCCUCUACAACAUGCCGCGGCUCGUUGACGAUCACCGUCAUCUUCCGGUGGCAUCGGAAACGUCUGCGGCAUGUGAGGACGAGGGUGGGGUGGCCGCAACUCAGCAAACCAGCAAAACGGCCACCAUACUGGUGUCGAAGCACAAGACCAAAACCGGACUACCUUUGAUGUUGAAGAAAUCAAAAAAGUAGCCAAAUUAUAUCGAAACUCCACGCAUACAUCGACACACAGACACACACACACCCCCGCACACCCACAUACAUGUUCAUGAAUGACAAACAGGCAUAAAAAUCUCAGCGACUCUAAUCUUACCAAACUUACCCCCGCUGGCUACAGCGCACGUCUCGCCCGGUAUGGCCCACUCGAAAAACCACAUGUGCUUUUGGAAAAGCGCCAACCACAAACCCUUUGACCCUCUACGCAGGAAUCUCUUAUGCACGGUUGUGCGAUGUUGGUAAAACACUGAUCUAUCUAAACCCAAUAGUAUUGCCAAUCGACUCAACCUUUUCCUGUUUCACUUGCGAGUGUACAGAUUUUAAGUAUUGUCUUUUAUAGUUUAUUGACUUUCUUUUACUCUUUUUUGAGCACGAAAAGGAAAAGAUUUUUAUUUUUAAUUUUUACAUUCCACAAAAUGCCAUGAUGGUUGCCAGUAUUUGUUCGUGUGCCCCUGGGAGCUUCCCUAGACAAGAAAGAAUAUCUACCCGCAAAGUUUAUUGUACCAGUAUUUCUGUUUUUGUUUUAAAAUUUCUUUACACGAACAUUCUAGAACCCUCGUAAUUCUUAAAGCUGCGUAACACAACAAAGCACAAAAACCGCAGUGAACAGGUACGAUUAAGAAACACCAAAGAUUAUGUUUAUGUUAAGAAAUUCUACAAUACCAUGAAACUCAACUUAGGGGUCUAAGCUAAUGACAAAGAGGGAGAGCUUCUGUUUUAUUUUAAACCACAAUGCAUAAACAACAUUUACCCUUACCGAAGUGUGGGCGCCUGUAUCGUAUUUUAAGUUAGCUUUAGUGGAAUAGUGAAAAAUGCGCUUCAAUUCGAACGUCGAACAUAGUGGACACCAUUCCAAUCUCAUCCCAACGCGGCGAAGGAUAUAAUCAGAAUAAACACAAACGCAUAGGUGACAGAUCCAUUUUAUCCAAGUAAGCGAUUAAAAUGGUAUUCUAGUGAAACGAUGAUCAAAAUGUAAACAAAAAGAGUACGAAUUAACCGUUGCAAACAAAUUGGUUAGAGUUGAAGGGAAGGACGAGAUAUGUGAGCCAUUAGAGAAGGUAAUAGAAAAGUAUUUGCAUAUAGAGAUAGAGAGCGUAUGUAGUUGGAAGAAGGAGGUAUGAUGUGGAGAAGGGAAGCUAUAGCAAUUGUUGAAAAAAAAUCCCCCGAUAUACUCUCCACCCUUUUUGCGUAAGUAAGCCUAAAUAAUUGAAGACUAUAGUACUACUGUGGUACAUCGUUUAUCGUUUUAAUAAUGACUCAUCUCGAAGGCAGCUCCAGAAA